AUGCAAAACAAGCUCUCUCUCUUUCUCUUUCACUCUCUCUCUCUCUCUCUUACUUUCCAUCUAUCUAUCUAUCUAUCUAUCUAUCUAUCAGUCUCUUCAUAUCUCUUUGAAUGUGUUCAUUAUCUAUCUAUACGCAACCACGGAUAUCUGGAAAACACAACGCAUCCUUAUUUAUCUUUUCCUCGCAUCAUCCUCUACUCAAUUCAUCCCAUUCAUUCAUCAUCCUUUUUUUCAUCCACAUACGCCAUUUUUCUCUUUGACUUGCAAUUUAUACUCUCCUUUUCUCCCGUUUUAAUUUCCUUCUGUACCAGCAUACACUCCUUUUUCUUUAAUCAUACUUUCCUUUUCUCUGGUCAUACUGUCCUUUACUUAAGUCAUACUUUCUUUUUCCCAUUUCCUACUCUCCUUUUCUUUAGUCAUACUCUCCUUUUUUUAGUCAUACUGUCCUUUUCUCUCGUCCAACUCUCCUUUUCUCAUUUCAUACUCUUCUUUUCUCAUUUCCUGCUCUCCUUUUCUUUAGUUAUAAUCACUUUUUCUCAUUUCCUAUUCUCCUUUUCUUUAGUCAUACUCUUCUUUUCUCUUGUCCAACUCUCUUUUUCUCAUUUCCUACUCUCCUUUUCUUUAGUCGUACUCUCCUUUUUCUCAUUUCUUACUCUCCUUUUCUUUAGUCAUACUUUCCUUUUCUUUAGUCAUACCGUCCUUUUCUCUUGUCCAACUCUCUUUUUCUCAUUUCCUACUCUCCUUUUCUCAUUUCCUACUCUACUUUUGUUUAGUUAUAAUCUGCUUUUCUCAUUUCCUACUCCCCUUUUCUUUAGUCGUAUUCUCCUUUUCUUUAGUCGUACUCUCCUUUUCUCAUUUCCUACUCUCCUCUUCUUUAGUCAUACUCUCCUUUUAUCAUUUCCUAUUCUCCUUUUCUUUAGUCAUACUCUCCUUUUUUCAUUUCCUACUCUCCUUUUCUUUAUCAUACUCUCCUUUUUUCAUUUCCUACUCUCCUUUUCUUUAGUCAUACUCUCCUUUUUUCAUUUCCUACGCUCCUUUUCUUUAGUCAUACUCUCCUUUUUUCAUUUCCUACUCUCCUUUUCUUUAGUCAUACUCUCCUUUUUUCAUUUCCUACUCUCCUUUUCUUUAUCAUACUCUCCUUUUUUCAUUUCCUACUCUCUUUUCUUUAGUCGUAGUCUCCUUUUCUUAUUUUCUACUCUCCUUUUCUUUAGUCGUACUCUCCUUUUCUCAUUUCCUGCUCUCCUUUUUUCAUUUCCUACUCUCCUUUGCUCAUUUCCUACUCUCCUUUUCUUUAGUCAUACUCUCCUUUUUUCAUUUCCUACUCUCCUUUUCUUUAGUCAUACUCUCCUUUUUUCAUUUCCUACUCUCCUUUUCUUUAGUCGUACUCUCCUUUUCUCAUUUCCUGCUCUCCUUUUCUCAUUUCCUGCUCUCCUUUUUUCAUUCCCUACUCUCCUUUGCUCAUUUCCUACGCUCCUUUUCUUUAGUCAUACUCUCCUUUUUUCAUUUCCUACUCUCCUUUUCUUUAGUCAUACUCUCCUUUUUUCCUUUCCUACUCUCCUUUUCUUUAGUCAUACUCUCCUUUUUUCAUUUCCUACUCUCCAUUUCUUUAGUCAUACUCUCCUUUUUUCAUUUCCUACUCUCUUUUCUUUAGUCGUACUCUCCUUUUCUCAUUUUCUACUCUCCUUUUCUUUAGUCGUACUCUCCUUUUCUCAUUUCCUGCUCUCCUUUUUUCAUUUUCUACUCUCCUUUGCUCAUUUCCUACGCUCCUUUUCUUUAGUCAUACUCUCCUUUUUUUCAUUUCCUAUUCUCCUUUUCUUUAGUCAUACUCUCCUUUUUUCAUUUCCUACUCUCCUUUUCUUUAGUCGUACUCUCCUUUUCUCAUUUCCUGCUUUUCUUUUUUCAUUCCCUACUCUCCUUUGCUCAUUUCCUACGCUCCUUUUCUUUAGUCAUACUCUCCUUUUUUCAUUUCCUACUCUCCUUUUCUUUAGUCAUACUCUCCUUUUUUCAUUUCCUACUCUCCUUUUCUUUAGUCAUACUCUCCUUUUUUCAUUUCCUACUCUCCUUUUCUUUAGUCGUACUCUCCUUUUCUCAUUUCCUGCUCUCCUUUUUUCAUUUUCUACUCUCCUUUGCUCAUUUCCUACGCUUCUUUUCUUUAGUCAUACUCUCCUUCAUACUCUCCUUUUGUUUAAUCGUACUCUCCUUUUCUCAUUUCAUACUCUCCUUUUCUUUCGUCAAAACUUUCCUUUUCUCACCUUAUCCUCUCCUUGUUUCAUUUUAUACUCUUCUUUUCUUUCUACAUACUCUAAUUUUUCACCUACACUCUCCGUCUCUCAUACUAUACGUUCCUUUUCUAUCGACAUACUCUCCUUUUUCCACGACUUACUCUCCUUUUUCGUUACCUUUCAAUGA